AUGGAUGAUGAUCAAUUGCGAACUCUUUUUUCCUCGUUGACCGUACUCGCUCAACAAGGGCCAAUUCCAGUGCAAGCUUAUUCAAUGGUUGUGAGAAAUACAUCACCAGAAACCCUUGCAGAGCAACUUCAUCAAAGAUGGUUGGCUGAUUCAAAAUUUGCCCCAAUUGCCGCUGAUAUUAUACUACAUAUUUUCAACUUAGAUCGAGGGGAUUUUGGAUUAGCAUCUUGUUGUCUUGCUUUACUAUUGAAUGAUUAUCGAAAUCGUCUCGAAGUUCGCAACAAAAGCAAGCUCAUGUUUCGCAAUUCGGUUAGAGCACUUUUUGGCCUUUACCCGGUUUAUAUGAAGAUGGACGAAUGUGUCGCAAAAUCUUUCAUCAAACCAAUGUUCAAUUGCCUUGACACACUUGUUGACAAUAAUCCCGAUCGAGAAGAUGCAAAGACAAUGGGUUUGCUUUUGUCAGAGAAUGGACGAACACUCCAUCAGCUCAAUCAAUAUCUCGUUGACCGAUUGAUUGUCAAAGUUCGAGAUCAAAUGUGUAGCGAUGAACCAUUUAUGAAUUCGGAAAUACGAAGAAUAUUUCUACAUGUGAUGGAUUUAUGGGCAUUCGGUUGGAAUGAAUUAGCCAUUCCUGAUUGUCUUCUCAUUGAAUAUGAUGCUCCACCACAAAAAGCACAACUUAUUACACGAAAACAAACCAUUCCAAUAGUUCAUGCGCCUCGAAAAGGAAUUUUAAAAGAGAGUGACGCUAAGCCGACUUCCAACAAGCAGACCAAUACUUUCCAAAAUUUGACCAAACAAAAUUGCAAAACUUUGACAAUAAUUGAGCAAUUGAUGAGUCUAACACCAAUUAUCCUAUUGUUAUUUCUCAUUUUUCAUGGUGUAAACGGGCAAGUAUGCCGGGCUGGAUUGGGCGAUGCGACUCCUUGUAAUGAUGUUCUCAUCAUUAUGGAUUUCAGCUUUUACAUGAAAAACAAUUCCUUCAUUCUUCAACAAUAUGAUUUUGUGCGAGAAAAACUCUUACCUGCGUACAAUCUCCGAGCGGGUCGUUAUGGAAUCGCCAUUGGAGCAUUUGGAUUUCUAGAUUAUGCUAAAUUGGGAAUCGAGGCACCACUGCUCAUGUUUUUUACGCGUUUUGAUCCAACACAUAUCUGUGAUGAUAUUGAUCAGAUCAAGACUGAUUUCAUCGGAAAUCUUACUCUUGGCACAUUGCCUUUGGCUCGUGUCCUGGAUCUUGUUGUAUAUUAUGCGGAUAAAGACGGAAAUCGCUAUUCAACAGUCAUUCUUUUCACCGCAUCAAUCGAUCAGGGAGAAAUAGAUCAAGCUGGAGAAUAUUAUAGAGAUGUAAUGGGAAGAACGGGUGAAAGCUAUCAUAUAGUGAUUGUUUCAAUUAACAACCCAAAAAUGAACUAUGCAGCAUGGUACGGAGUGGCUAAUAUUUAUCGAACGACGAAUUUUGUUGAUUUUAAUGGGACUGAAGUGGGCGAGUGUAUAGCCACAACGGGUUGCUCGGUUAAUUGCCACCUUGAUGUGACCACCGUUUCUGUGGCCAAUUACACGGAUCGCUACUAUACGGCUGGCACAACCCCCGCUCCGUUACCCACCCAUCCAAUGCCAACAACAACCCCUGGAAGGAAUAUCACUAUCACAGCUCCGUUGACAACGACAACGACAACAACGACAACAACGACAACAACGACGAUAAAAACGACUCCUAUCAUUACAACAACUACCACUAGCGGAGCCCCUCCUUAUAAUGCUGGGAAAUACGGAUGCGAGUGUGAUGUGUCUAAAAUUUGGUUAGAUAUCAUGGUUAUUAUCGACUCAUCCUCAGCUAUGACACUCAGUGGGAUUCAAUCGCUGAAUAUCUUCUUACUCUCAACCUUCUUACAAAUGAAUAUUGGUCAAGAUGUGUCACAAGUGUCAAGAAUUGGACUGGUUGUUUAUGGAGGAUCGGCUGAGCUCGUCUACAAACUCACCGAAUUUACAUCUAGGGACGAUCUGUUGAAUCGUUGGAACCCGAAAUUCCUCAAUGAGAAUUCGACUAACUUGGAAAGUGCCAUAAAAAUGGCUCACGAUGAGUUCGAGAGAGCCGGCUCAUCGAGACCUAACACGAAACAAGUGAUGAUUGUGGCGGCUAGCACCUAUUCUCCCGGUCAAGCUGAUGAUCCCCUUCAAAUUGCAAAUCAAACAAAACAAGAUGGCAUAAAGAUUAUCACCAUUGAGUACGUACAAAAUCACGGUCUACCAGUGCCAAUUUUGUAUCAAAUCGCCUCUCCAAACUACAAUUUGUCAAACAUUUUUGAGAACCUUCACACCAGUCAACUACAAUUUUUGCUGUGUCAAGCGAAUUGUUUUUGCACGACAAAUUGGGAUCCGGCAAAGGCUAGCAUGUAUAAUACACCAGAUGGUGGCUGUUAUUAUCCUGUAUUAAUCCCGGCCCUCUUUGAACUUGCACAAAGAUUUUGCCAUGGACAAGGAGGGAUUAUAUCUGCAAUCGAAGAUCAGGAUAAAGCGCUUUUCAUUUCGAAAGAAAACAAAAAAAUGGAAACAUGGAUUGGUCUUCAAUGCACAAAUCAGAAUUGCUUAUGGGAUGAUGGAUCUGCGCUCGGAGCCUACCAACCCUGGGCAACCAACAAUCCAAACACUGCAGCAGGAACUUGCGUUUGGCAAAACAACCCAUCUGGGUUGCGUAUUCAAUGGCAAAGUGAUAACUGCACGGAUGAUCACAUGUACAUUUGUCAAAGAACCCCUUGUUCCAGUGUGAAUUUCUGUACCGACCGAAUAAGA